AUGAACAAAAGAAAAUGGAAGGUAUCAGUCACCACAUUCAAUUGCGGUAAAGAGUUUCCUGUUGAAAAUUCGAAAGCAAUCGUUAAGCAAUUGCUCUUUCCUUAUGAUAACGGCAUCUCUCAACUGGAAAUGCAAGAUGUAUAUGUUUUGGGCUUUCAAGAACUAGUUCCCAUAUGGCAAGGCUCUUUCCCUACUGUGAAUCGUGACUUAAUCGAUGGAAUUACAACCACUGCAGUUGAUUGCUUAAAUGAAAAGGUGAUGGCUCUCCAAGGGGAUGAGCAGUACUCGUGUUUAGGGGUGAACAGCCUUGGUGCCAUCACUAUAAUAGUAUUAUACAACAAUAAAGCGCUAAAUGUGAAAGGAAGUAUUAUAAAGAGAAAUGGCAAAUGCGGUUGGUUUAAUACGAAUUUGAAAGGCGGAACUUUAAUAAGCUUCAAAAUGGCACGUAGUGGAGAUGAAAACUGGGAAAGAUUUACUUAUAUUUGCGCACAUUUAAAUGCAAAUGAAGGUGUCAACAAUAGAAACCAGAGAAUAAAUGACUACAAACGAAUCAUGAGUGAACUAUGCGAUUCUGAGAUUGCCAAAAGCGAACACUUUUUCUUUCUAGGCGAUUUAAAUUUCAGGGUGGGUAGUGCUUACGAUCCUGCUACUGACUAUUCUUCCGCGACGACAUUGAGACGUUUAUUAGAAAAUUACGAAGAGCUAAAUCUGCUACGUAGAAGCGAGGGUGAACCAUUAUGUAAGGGUUUCCAAGAAUUAGAGAUAAAGUUUCCACCAACUUACAAGUUCAAGUUAUUUGAGGAAGAAAAAUACAACACAAAAAGAAUUCCAUCAUGGUGCGAUAGGAUUCUAUACAAAGAAUAUUCUACGCCAAUAUCAGAACAAGAAAGUACGUACCGCUCUGUCUCUAGAUCCAAUGCUCUAUUAUUCAGUGAUCAUCAACCUGUUAAUCUCACUGUAGCGUUACCAAGGUCUACAGGAGGGGUGGAGUCGUUGUCGCUAAAUGUAGAAGAGUACCAUCUAGCCUGGAGUUACGGCCUAAUGGGAGAAAUUGGCGAUGCAGUCAUUGGGUACUGUGGUUGGCUCAUAAGUAAAAACGCACAUUAUUGGAUAUUGGGAUCUAUAUUAUUAUAUUUACUGUUAAAAAUCCUGUAA